AACCAAGAGAGCAGAAAUUACACAAGAUUUAAACAUACGAAACUCUUUCCUUUUCUUUUUUUUUUUUUUAAUCUCCGAUGGAAAUAUUCAUCUCGUUCCAACACUCUCCUCUCAAACAUCGUUUCUCGGAAAAGCUUACGCAACUUCGGCUGCACAAAUCAUUUGCACAAAACAGCGUGACGACGUUUUACGGUGUCUGCCGCGCGAAACGCGUGGUUUUACUCCGUACCAGCGAGACUUAGUGCGGCGCAAGAAAUGUAUAGAAGAGCGAUUUGCAACUAGCAGCCACAAUUUCAGCUUGUCACUCGGCGAGUUCUUAAGCGCGUUUGACGUGUCUCUUGUAACAGGGUUUCUGAUUGGAAUCACGUCGCAAGAGACUUUAAGCGACGUCUUAAAUCUCUCAAUGCCUCGCGCACGGCAGAAUGUUGCACAGCGAGAACGCAAUUAUCAGAUGGUUGAAAAAGAAGAAAAAAAGGAAGAGAAACAACAACAACGUGUCUCUUAUACAUAUUCAUG